AUGUUGACAACCAACAGCCCUGUAUUUUAUCGAAUAAAUGGCUAUGAUUUAUGUUACUUUCAAGCAAUUCAAGUGACCGUACCUAUCUCCGGUUCAUACAGCUUUAAAAGCGAUAGCUUUCUUGAUGCUUAUGGUUAUUUGUAUGCGAACACUUUCGAUCCAUCAAACCCGAAAGCUAAUGUAUUGAUCGAAGAUGAUGACACUGGUGGUUAUCAACAAUUUCUUAUAAACUAUUGGAUGCAAUAUGGCUACACAUAUGUCUUAGUUUUCACAACGUACAGUCCAAGAGUGACAGGAACCUUCUCAAUUGUUGCAUCGGGUCCAGCAAGAGUCAAUCUUAAGUAUCUUCACGUCAUGCCACUAUCAACAACUACUGUAUUUAGUGAGUAA